AUGAUGCAACCGCCUCUGAUUUCGCAGCUGCACCGAACUCGCGUGUUCUUCAGCACUCCGCCCCGAUCCAUGGUCUACCACCAAAACCCUCUAUACCUGGAUGGUUUACGACGUGCACAUGAUCGCGAACAUGUUGAUGUUGAUUGUGGGAAAAUCGGCGCAGUGAUGGAUGCGACUGAUCAGUCUCCAGCGCUGCCUACGCGGCCGCAAUUGACCAAAAUCCCGAUCGCUCAGUUGUCUCCUACUCUUGAACAGCGCGAGGGGAAAUGCAUUUACGCGACGGUUACUCUUGUCUGGCCGUACUCUUCUUCGACCAAGUCUCUUAGCCUGCUACUGGCCGAGCCGGAUUUCCGCCUACGUCGAUCGAACGGGCAGGUCAAAGCGACAUUCCAUGGACGCGUCGCAGAAAAGGUCGCCGGGUCACAUAUCGGGAUUGGUGACACUGUGCGCCUUUCUCUGAGCGGCUCGAGUUUUGUUGCCAAUGAUGCAGCGACGCAGACCUACGGGAGAUGUGUCGCGUGGGAUAUGCAUUUCGACACUGGCGUAACACUUGAAAUCGUCCGUUCAUCCCAGAGUCUGCCCACGGUAAUAAUUGAGCAGGACCUUCCAUCUCCGCCUGACAACCAACCGCCCUCCACCCCCCGCCUUCUCUCCAUUGAUCCCGACACAGCGUCAGCGCCUAGUCAAGGCUCCUGGGGGUCGCCCGCGUUCUAUCACUCUGCGCGGAAGUCGUUCGGGAGAGCAGUUGAUUCUGCAUUUGAUCCGUUCGCUAACGAAGAUGGAUCCAUUCCCGGGGAGGGAAGGAAACGACCGAGGUACAGCCUACGACGAGACGAGUGGCGCAUUGUGGAUGAACCGGGUAGCCCCCAAGAGCGCGAAGAAACAGUGGACUGGAUGAAAGCCCUGGAGGACGAAAUGGAUAUCGAGGCUGACACACAGGAGCCCGCGGAUGCCGAGCCCAAUAACGAUACUGCCGUCCCAGAUGCAUCGGACGCCGUGAAUCAGACGAAUAUCGACGAUCCUUUCGAGGACCAAUCACCUGUCUUUGUCAAGCCGUCCCUGGAUUUUUCUGGCGGCCUCUUUGGGAGGCACACGUUGCAGCUGGAACAAAACGAUACCUCCGCUAAGCUAACCGGCUCUGGUUCUCAAGCUCCUGGCGGAGGUGCCUUCAACAUUCCAACAGACACACCCCAGCUCCGGCCGGUACCAUCUCCUGGUCUCCCGAUUCCAUCGCCGCUGGUGUCCAAUCAGAGUAGUAGUCAGGGAUAUUUUUCACCAUUUCACGCAGUCCCGCCUGUACACGAUGUUCAUCAUGCCCCGGCGCCAAGUGCUAAUGCUGCUUUCCAAGCUCGAGGUUUUUUCGGCCAGAUUUCCCCAGGAUUGCAUCCACAGGAAGCACCGGCUCUAACCGGGGCGGUGGAUUCCUUACGUGAAGAAGAAGCCAUAUCUAUCCCGCUUUCAUCAGUGAAUCACCACCAAGCCCCAAUUUCCUUGCGAGAAAAUUCCAUUCUUGCCGCGGGUGCUGAGAACGUGCCGGGUAAUUUGGGUCAAUUCGACUCGCCCAGUUUUGUGAAUGAAUCCCAUUUCGUUCAGACAGAUACAUGGAUGGAGAAGACUGAAGAGUUGAAUGCGACGGCUUCGAAACAACACACCGAUGGCGAGCCCUGGACAGAGGAGCAAAAAUAUCCAGAGGAAGCAAAUGGUGACGGUAUUGACAUCGGACCUGGAUUGGAAACGAGAGAGCACGGCAAGGAGGUUGCUCAGGCUAUAAAUGAUCCCUUGGUUCUCCAAUCCAUGGAUUUGGUCGAAGAUGAAUCAGGCGACGAUGCAUCUAGGGACGCCGCGACUGAAGGCGAAGGUCUACAUGUACCUGAAAUCACGGAUAUCUCCGACCGUUCACGCAGCGGCAGUUACAGCAAUGAAAGCGAUGCCGAAGAUGAAGUCCUUUAUGACGAAGAUCAGGAGACAAGUCACCUUUCUGAAGAUGGAUCAGACGAGGAGCAGGAUCAAUUGGAGCCAGAAGGGGAGGAUGAAAUUGCGGGGACGAGCGGCUAUGAAGACUCAGAUGCAGCCGAGCUGCCUCCCUCGCAGCCUGAAAUAAUAGUGUUGGAUAGUGACAGCGAAGAUGAACUUGUCUCUGAGCAGCCGCUCGUGACGCCUGAGCACCCUAUUCCACAAGGACAACAUAGUCCCCUGUCAUCUGUGCAUUCCGAAAAUUCGAACUCUCCGAUAGACGAUGAUGGAGAGGAAUGGUCUGUUGUCAAUGAUGAUCCAGAGUACGACACAAUGGAAGACGAAAUGUCUGCGGACGACGAGGGCGGAGAUGAAUAUGGAGCGCUUGGCCAAGAUGACCGAGUGCAUGAUGGCGACAAGGACGACGAGUCCUCCGUGGAUGUCUUGGCACGCGAUGAUUACAGCGACAAGCAUUUUACACGAAAUCGAUCAAUUGAAGAAGACGUACAAAGCGAGGAUCAUCUCGAUUCAGAUGGAGAUGGAGAGCAAGGGUGGGGUGAUGGUGUUGAAGUUGAGCCAAAGUCGGUCUCGGUUAUCGAGCUUGCCUUGCACGAAGAUCUGCCCGAUCACCCCAAUGAAGAAGGAUUUGCAAAGGUGGAAGAACUACCUGAUUGGGAAAGUCAGGAAGGGUCGAAAGCAGCUCUUCAUGGCGAGGGGCAAACUUCGGGCAGGAGCCUUGAGGCUCUGAUCAGCCUGGACGGAGUCGAUGAUCAGGACUGGCCUGAAUUCUCCGACACAGCAAAAACAAAUGAUGAAACUCCAUAUGGGAAAGACAUGCAAGCCCAAGGGGAGCCCUCUGAACCGCAAGAGAUGGCUGUUGUGUCCGAAACACAGGGUGUGGACAACGGCCUGUCGUUUAUUAGUUCAGGCCCCACCCAGAUGGAACUCGCUGAGCAACAACUUCUGACGCAUGAUGCCACGCAGAAGGUUAUAUCUGUCCGCAGAUCAGCUCCCGACAAUGUGAAAUCACCAGAGUCAGCGGUGGCUAAUGAGCAGACGUCGCCGGCGGGUCUAGACGCAUCUUCGCGGCCUGUUUUCAAAGCAUUCGAUCCCUCGGAACAGCAAGACAAUGCGGACAGUACUAGUGUUGCGCUACCAACAGCUGAAGCAACCGAUGCCCAUGAUCAACCCAGUGGCCAGCGAGACGGGACAGAGCCCAUGUCGACCGGCAAAGUCUCUGAGUACCCGAAGGUAGUUGUUGGCGAAACCCCCGUUCCAGAUCGCCACGCCCAUGGAUUGCGCAGCAAACUCUCUUAUUUCGCCCCUUUGGCCACUCUUGUCGACCAUUUCAAUGCCCUGGUGGACACAAUCUCUAUUGUUUACGAGGUUUCCCCUAUCGCCAAAGCCACCUCUGGCUCCAGAGACUACUUCAUGACCAUUCAGCUCACUGAUCCAUCCAUGGCUGGUACGACUCUUCAAGCUCGAGUUUUCCGGCGUUAUAAAUCCGCAAUGCCAUCAGUAGCCGAAGGGAACGCGAUUCUGCUGCGAGAUUUCAAAGUACAAAGCAACCAUCACUCGAUGAUGCUCGUGAGCACUGAAUCAAGUUCAUGGGCUGUUUUCGAUGGCUCCAGCCCAGAGGCGAAAAUUACUGGGCCGCCUGUCGAAUACAGCUCCGCGGAACGGGCCUUUGCAUCUGGCUUGCGGCGAUGGUACUCUGAGGAUGGCGCAGACAUGGUGGCCGACAAUCAGCUCCAGGCAUCCAUCGGCAGGGACAGCCACUCUCCGACACCAAGUAGUGUGGCGGCAAGCGAUGCUGGUAGUAUGGAUGGGACACCAUCCGUUCGGGGCUCACGGCGCUUUCGAAGAAGCCGUGGACGAGUCACAAUCCAUGAACUGCGAGACGGUACGCGCUACACAGAGGUUGGAUCUCCCAGCGGCAAACAUGGCAUCCACGAACUGCGCGAUGGAACGGUUUAUGCCAAUUUAUGA